AUGAAUACAAGAGGACCUUACAAACAGUAUACAGUCAAUGGCAACGAUACUAUUCCAAGAAGAACUGUUUACAGAAAACGUCAACGAUUGCAGUUUGAAGUUGAUGAGCAGAUACGUAAAAAUAUUGACGAGGUAUGUAUAUUUUUGUAUACAAGUUCGUUUAUAAGAUUUGUUCGUGUUUAAUGACCUUUCUUCUUUAGCAAAUUAUAAUCGUCGCAGUUAAAUCCAGGACUGUAUCGUAGAAACAAUAGUACUUGAUUAAUUAUCUUAGCUUAACGUUACACUUUAGGAGAGCAUUGACCAUCUUCAACAUGACGCAAACGGACAAGACACUGACUUCAGUGACUCAGACAGCAGUGUAUCACAGAGCCAAAGAUUCGAAUCUGAAGUUGAAGAGCCAGACCAGCAGGUAUUGUUCAGAAAUAAUAAUUUUCAUAAAUAAUUUGUCAAUACUGCCCUGUAGGCUGUAAUUGAUUUAACCAAUUUGCUUCUUUUUAGGACAGAAUCAUUGUUGACAAUAGAAAUGCAGAAGAAGAAUCAACAGAUGAAAAUUAUGAC